AUGUCGAAAACUCUGAUUUUCCUGGUGGCUUUUGCCGUGGUAAGUGGUCCUUCAAAAAAUUUGAAAUAACACUUUUUUCUUCCAGAUACUUCCCGAAAUCAGCGCUCAAUCGGCCUGCAAUGUGACGUGCUGGUGUAAUCCGGUUCUUGACGCGUUCGUCUCGGGAGACUUGGAUACGAAGACGUACAGUACUGCGGCUACGGUAGGUUACGGUAGUUUUUAGUAAAACUAGUGAAGGGCAGUAACGUAAGACGUUUUUGGUUAACAAUCAUUACUGUAAGUAUCUGUAGAGGACUUUUUUAGUACUUCGUGUAAUCUUUGCGGUUUCAGAACUUCUGCACGACGUUCUUUUCGUUCUCCGACACGGCCAGCACCUACUGUCUGGCCGGGUUGUUCAUUCCGUACGCGGCCGUCGUUUUGCUACCCUACAACUUCAUUCUGACGAACAAAGCGGACAUUUGCACGGCCGCCUGCAUCAAUUCCAAUAUCAUCUCCGAGGGUUUCAGCAGUCUCCAGUCGCUUUCCGGCCUUGUCGGUUGA